AUAAAUAUAAAAAAAUAAAAAAAAAAUAAAAACAAAUCGAAGCAAUCCAAUCAAAUUCCUAGACAUAAAAAAUAUUUGAAUAAAAAAUUCAAAAAUAUUUUUUAGUUGAAAAUCUGUUGUUUUUUUGUUUCUUUUGAAUCUGGCAUAACGCAUAGCGCCGCCGUUAUGACCCGCUAGCUGCUGGAAUUCCAAAUUUUGUGUGUUUUUGAAUGAAUCCAAAAAGAGGCCUACAAAAAUAACCACAAAAGUAAUAAUAACCUAAAAAACGGGUCUCAGACUCUCAGAAAAGCAAAUGAAAUAAAAAAAAAAUCGAAAAAACAAAUAUCAACCUAAAACGUCAACAAAGAUCAGCGAUAUCCCGCUAGCCAGCCAGACAGCCUACCAGUCGAAAAAAAAAUACAAUCAACAAAAAACCGACAACAAAACUGAAAAAGCCUAUUCACCCCGCAACAAGGAAGUAUUUAUAAGGCAGAGAGCCUCAAAAUCCUAAGCCUAACUUGCCAGCAGCCUGCCCACUCUCUCAUCGUAGUCCGUCUCCCCCCUUCGCUCAAAUAAGUCAAGAUAUCAGGCUGUUGUCUGCAUAAAAGCCUUAACGAAUGGCUGGCUGAUUGUUGGGGAAUUUACCAGCAGCCAGCAUUGCCAAACACAUCAUAAAAAAAUCAACAGCCAACAUAGAUUUCAAUUGGAAAAUCUCAGCUGGAUUUAAUUGAAAAUCAUAAUUUUCCGGGCAGUUUUUUAUUUUCGCAACAUCAACACAGAGGAGAAAGGCCAACGCCAUCUAGCGAAGUGGAGUUACAAUUAAGCUGUAAUUUCCCUAGUUUUACACCCUAUGCCUCAAUUGUUGGGAGUACUACACCACCAUGGCUGAUUAUGUUACUGUGGUAGAGGUGGAUGAUCCUCAGUCAUCCAAAGACACAAACUCAUUGCUGGCCAAUUCACCACAACAAAACUCAACGAAUGGAACGGCACUAUCGGCUGAUGAUCCCUCAUUUAUAACGGUGUUAUCGAUCAACAACAAUAACAACACAAAUCACCACCAACAAGAGCUGCAACAUCAACCCACCACAGUUGAGGUGGAGGGCCAUAGCAAAGCCACAAACCUGAUCGGUGAUGACACCGAAGAGGUGGUGGUCUAUCGUUUGGUUGGUGAACGCUUGGGCUUUGGCUUGAAGUUUCAAGGUGGCACUCGCAGUGCCGAAAAAGUACAAAAAUUAUUCAUACAAUCAUGUGCCAAGGAUAGUCCCGCCUCCAAGGUGGUCACCUCAUGGGGCCAACUCAAGGAGGGAGAUGAAAUUGUGAAAAUCGAUGAGCAUUACGUGCGGGAUAUGACACGGAUAGAAUGUGUGAAAUGUUUAAAGGAUAAUGUGGCCAUAAAACUGGUGGUACGAAAUGGUAGGGGUUUGAAGCCCAUGGAUUUUGAGGAGGAGGGGUCUGGGGAGCAGCAACACAAUUUGUUGCCCAAUGCAGGCAAUGGUCACAUGAAGGCAGCCCCGCCUCCACCGCCACCAGUGCCGCCCAGGAAAUUGAUCAAAAAGCAAAGAUCUUUCAAGGACAGCGAAAGGCCCGAAAUGGCGCCCAACAGGACAAUGGAAAUUGUGGAAAUGUCUGCGGAGCGUUCCUUUACCCCGCCACCCGAUGCCGAAUAUUAUAUCAACUUAUUUGCCGAAAACAAUGGCCCAAAUGGUUCCCUGCUAAGGAAUCCCUCACGCAAUGGUGAGUCGGAAUCGGAUGAUACGGCCAGCACCAUAUCCACGGUAAUAGAUCGUUACUCCAUGACCUCAACUUACUCAUCGGAAUCAGAUCUUUCGGGAUUUACAUCCUUGAAUAAUGGCCAGAACAAUGGCGUGAAAUCCGAACUGGCCAAAGUUUUGAAGCCAUUUGCCCUCUUGGAACAGGAAUUCAAGGUAGAGGGAGGUUUGGAUAGCUCUCUCAUUACCGAGGUAAUGGAGGUGAGCUUCAAACCGGGUAAUAAUUAUGAAAAUGUGGAAUUUAAAACCGAGAAAAUCAACAAUUAUGAAAAUGUAGAACUGAAGAGGAAAGAGGAGGAUCCUGUGGCCAAGGAUGAGGUGGAUAAAAGUAGGGAGGCGAAGCAAGAAAUUGUGACCACAGAGAGCAAGCAGUCCCCCACUCCCACACCCAAACCUAGACAACAGGUGCCAACAUCGCCCGUGGAACCCAAGAAACGAUCCAUUAUACCCAUGCCCCGCAAGCUGAGCAUAAAUGGCAAACAAGCCAUUGAGGUGCCGCCACCCAAAAUUCCCGAGGGGGCCAUGAUAAAAUCCAACUCAGAAAAUCAGAACACGAAAUCUCCCACCACCACCUCCCCAGUCACUGGCAAGUCCUUCCAAGAGCCACCAGCCACCAAAGAAUUUACCACAAAAAUACCCAAGGCCAUCCAUUCGCCCAGCAGCCAAUAUCGCUCCCUGGAGAGGGCCAAGACCGAAAGUGAAAUCAAACUGAAACAGGAAAUCACAAAACAGGACAAACUGAAAUUGCAAACCUCGGAAUUUCUGACCCAUGAAUCAACAAAUGGCCAGAAAUUGGAAACCAAACUCCAAAAGCCAGCUUCUCCUGUCAAAUCUCGUAUCCCCAUUGUCCUGACCCCCAAAAGGUCAUUGGAUUUGGAAUCUUCACUGGAAAAGAAGGCCUCUCAGAAGUCGCCCACAAACAUACCACGGCUGCUAACCAAGCAGAAAUCUGAAACUGACCUGAAGCUCAACUAUUGUCGCUCUAAGGAAAACAGUCCCACAAUGUCCAGUAAGAUACCCCUGCAAAGGACCAUUUCAGCCGAUUCGAAAAUAAAAAUGCCCGAAAGGACCCUAAUACCGGUGCUACAUGUCAACAAUAGCUCUAAUGGUGGUACCUCGUCCACGGAAAGCUUGAAUUCCAAUUCCACAGGAAGUACUCCCACCUUAGGAGGGAAAUCUGCCAGGGGACCCAAACCCAAGCCCCCGGAACGAGUGCAGUCCUUGAACAAAACACAAAUACCCAAGGCAAAUGUGACCACAGUCACGGUUGUGGAUCGCUCCAGCACAAAUUCUCUCAACUCUCCUCACAGCUCACCCCUGCCUGCCAUGCAGACCUUUAAGCAACCCUCACCGCCCAAGCAAAUGGAGAAACCCCUAACACCACCCUCCCCAAAUCGGGAGAUACGUUUUAAAAUACAAACCUACAAUGCGAACAGCAACAACGGCAACAAUCACAAUGCCUUCCAGGAACCCGAAGAGCUACCCAGUCUCUUUGAACUGCAGAGGCGCAACAGUCCCGAUACGGCCAGGAAAAAUGAUGAAUUCUCCACUUUUAAGGCCUCAACUCCACCGAGUAACAGCAGCACCAGUCAGGAGCAAAAAGAACUUAAACCAGAGCCAGAAGAUGAGUUAGACCGCAUUACACCCCCUCCCCUGGUGGUGGUGGGUAAGUGUGUCAAAGUCAAUGAUGCCACCGCUCCCAUGUACUACUCAAGUUCGAGCAGUGACGAGGAGAAUGAAACCGAUUUGAGUGGAGCCUAUGAUGAUGACAAGGAUUACAUUUGUGAGGAUGGCGAGAAAUUGGGUCCACCGGAGUUAAUCAAUGGUCCUGGACCUUCCGAGGCCUAUUUCAAUCUCUAUUGGCACUCAAAUAUGCUACCCACCAUUGGUGAGGUGGAGGAGGAAUGCUCAUCGCUGGAACUGCAGUCGCUGAACACAAAUGGGCCCAUUGUCAUAGUUGAUGAUUUGAGCCAGCAGAAAACGGCUGGAGCUUCAAAGCCAGAAAUUUUGGAAAAACUGGAAGCCGAUCAAAAACCCCAAGCCAGCAGUAGUCAAGUUUUAAAGGGAAAUCUCAAGAAACCGCCAUUUAUUGGAGUACCUGUACUACCACCCACGGUACCAGGCUUUGAGGAUCUCAAGAACAUAAAGAAACCCCUGAAAGAGGUGAGCCCAUCAAAGGCCAUAGACAAAAUGAGUGAAGAGACAAAAGUGAAAUGCAAAAAAUUGCCAAAUGUCGAAGAAGAUAAGAUAGCAGCGACUGGCGAUAUGCAAAGCGAACAGGAACCGAACAAGGUUAUUGAAGAUAUUGCCGAAAAAUUGGAUAUUUCAGAGAAUACCGAAAAACAAGAACAAAACUUUGUGGAGGUGAGCAAAAGUUCCUCCAAGGAAAUCUCAGAGGAUAAUAGCCAAACCUCGGAAACAUCUCAAGAGGUAAAGACAGAACAGACCACCACCAAAACUGAGACCCGAACCACAACAACCACAAAGAAAAUCAUAAAAUCCUCAACGACCACCACCAGCUCCUCCCAGGUGCUGGAGGCCAGCCAGCUUGAUGCCCUGCCGGAGGAAUUUAAGAAAAUUGUUGCCAGCCAAAACUUGCCCGAGGAGUUCAAAAAAUUGCUCGACUCACCCAAAUCUCCGCAGGAUGCCAGCAAGAAACCGGUAUUUACCCUGCAACCCUAUAAUGAGAGGAAAGGUAAUACCAAAAUAACCGUGCUCGAGGAGCGGCAAUUUGAGUCCGAUCAAAAGGCCUAUUCGGAGAUACGCACCAAGGAUGCCCAGACCGGGGAGGAGAAGGUACAGAAGUCCAGUGAAAGCCACAAGGAGCGGGCCAAGCUGAAGAAGGUACAAAGCCAAGAAAGUCUGGAUGACAACUUUGGGGCCUCGGAACAACAACAACCACUAACUGUUACCGCCAAAGCGGAAACACGAUUAGCGGAGGAGGCCCACAAUCCACAGGAUAAUCAAAGUAUUGCUCGAGGUAUUUUGAAAUUAUCGGAGUGUGGUAAACAAAUACAAGCGAAUGACAUGGGUGGUGUGGAUCUCAUGGAGUGUGAGCAUCAGGUAAUGGAGACCUUUGAAGAUUCCGAACAGAUAUUGAAGCCGCAAAACGAAAAUCUAACACCAAGUCAAGAGAAACCCUCGCUACUCAGGGAGUUAAGUGAGACCCUAACGGUGACCAAAGAUGGUGAUACCCAGGUCACAAAACGCAGCGAAACAACCAGGGAGGAGGCCAAGCCUGAGAUCUUUGCCAGCUCCCGGGAGAUGCCAAGUCCUCAAACUGGGGAAACGAAAAAAUUACUCGAAAAUGAAUCCCAACUUUUGGUGGAUCAGCUGCUCAAGGAUGCCGAAAAACAGGCGUUGAAACGUAGCGAAACACCAGCAGCCGCCACCAAGAAGGUGGUGAAACUUGUCAAGAAAACCGAGGAGGAAAAACGCCUGGAAAUGGAGGCCCAAAAACUGAUUGAAAGCUAUCAAAAGGUACGCAAGGAGGCAGAGAAACUGUUUCAAUUCGAUAACUUCCGGCAUGCUGAUGAUCAGCAGGGUUUCGAUUUGAGUGGCUUGGAAGUGGACGAGGAGGAGCAGGAGAAGGAUAAGGAAACGAAGCAAGAAACUCCGGAGAAGACUAAGGAAACGAUGGAAUUAGUUUCGGAGAAGUUGGAGGAAGCAACGCAAGGAGUUCUGGAGAAGGUGGAGGAAACUAUGCCAGAAACUUCGGAGAAGUUGAGGGAAACGAUGCAAGGAGUUUCGGAGAAGGUGGAGGAAACGAUGCAAAAGAAAAAGUCUCUAGAAAUGGAAGCAUCGGAACUGGGAGUAACGAAAUCCGAAGCUGAGGGAAAGACACCAGAGCUGAAAGAGAGGAAAACUAAGUCAGGAAUGAGAUCUGAGCCAGAUGAGAAGAAAACUGAGGCAGAGCAAAAGAAUUUGGAGCUCGAGGAGAAGAAAAUUAAGUCGGAAAUGAAAUCUCAGCUAGAGAAGAAGAAAUCGCAGGCGGGAGAGAAGAAAUCUGUGUUAGAAAUUAAAUCUGAGCUAGAGAAGAAGAAAUCGGAACCUGAGGAGAAGAAACUUAAGUCAGAAAUGCAAUCUGAGCUGGAGAAGGCGAAAACGAAGACGGAAGAGAAGAAAUCUGAGCCAGAAGUUAAAUCUAAAGCUGAAAUGAAGGAAUCCGAACUGGAAGCGAUGAAAUCGGCACCAGAAGUGAUGAAAUGUGAGCCACAAGUAAGCACUUCGGAUGUGAAGAAAUCUACACAGGGCAAGAAACAAUCUGGGGAAGGAGAAAAGAAAUUCGAACCAGAAGUGAUGAAAUCCGAAUCAAAAGUGGUGACAUCCGAACCAGAAGCGAUGAAAUCUGAAGCAGAAGUCCUGGAAUUCGAGCCACAAGUAAGCACUUCUGAAGCAAAUAAAUCUGCGCAGGUCAUGAAGCAAUCUAAGCAGGAGGAGAAGAAAUCUGAGGGACAAGUAAACAAAUCUGAAGAAAAGGCUAAGAAAUCUGAGCCAGAGAAGCAGAAACCAGCAUCGGGAGUGAUGAAAUCACAAGCGGAAUUGAUGAAAACUCAGCCAGAAGUAAGCACUUCGGAAGUGAAGAAACCAACAAAAGAUACGAAGAAGUCAGAAUCAGAACUGAAUAAAUCUGAGAAGGAAGUAAAGAGAUCCGAAGCAGAGGUAAAGAAAACUGAACCCGAAGUUAAGAAAUCCACACCAGAAGUAAUGAAAUCCACACCAGAAGUGAUGAAAACUGCACCAGGAGUAAGCACUUCUGAACCUAAAGAGAAAAACUCGGAACUAAAGAAAGUCAAACCAGAAAUUACGAAAAUCGCAGCAGAAGUGAAACAAUUAUUAACCGAAGAAAUAAAAUCCGAAGUGAUGAAACCUUCAAAAGAAUCGAUGAAAUCGGAACCACUGGUAAGCACUUUGGUAAACACUCUGGAAGUAAACAAGUCGGACCAUGGAAUUAAGAAGUCCACAGGAGAGAAAACACUUGAGAGCCAUGAGAAGAUUUCUCUGAAGAGAGAAAGUGCAAAGGACAGAGCUGAGAUAACCGGAGAGAGCAAGCCAACAAAGUUGGAACUAAAAGAAAACAUUUCUCUCAAGAAGAGAGGAAAUGAGGAAGAGAAUGCUUCUCCUGCCAAGGAAGAGAGUGGCUCUCAAAAAAUGUCUGAUAACGAUGAGAAGCUAGAGAGCUUGGCAGCUCACCACUUGGAAGAUGAACUCCCAAGUCCCUCAAAAUCAGCCAGUGAGAUACUCAGCUCUCCCAUUGUCAUUUCACCCAGUUCCUCGGAUGACAUACUCAAGGAAGAACCUGAAUAUGUAUUGCACAAAAAAAUUAUCGGAAAAGAAAAGAAAGAAUCUGCGAUAGCGGAAAUAAUCACCACCAUAGAAGAGACAACCAGGAAACUUUCCGAGAAGGUUGGCACAAAAUCUCCCAUUGCUAGAGAAAAACUGUCGCACAAAGAAACCACCACCAAGACCAUUAAAAUAUCUCCCAAGUCUUCGCCCAAAGCCUCACCCAAACUUAAGCGCAGUGAAAAGAGCAAAACCAAGGCGGAAAAUGGAGAGGAAUCAACUCCCACCUCUCCGAAAAUGAAACCUAAACCCACUCCCAAACCCAAGCCACCUGUACCUCAACGCCGAAACAGUGCCGAUUCGGGCGCCAAACCCAUACCCAAGCGUAGAGGUUCCCUGGAGACCACAGCCUCCAUAGUUUUACCACCCAAAGAUGUCAGUCCAACCACUCCGAUAAUUGAAAUACCCAAACCCAUGGAACGUAUUAUUGUGGGUGUGGAACAUCAUAUUAUUAUACCUUCGGCUGAUUUAAAGAAAGAUUCCGCACCACAGCGGCCCAUCAUUACCUUAGCCAGUGAUAAGCUACCUUCUGUGGUGGAGAAACAAUUUUCUUUUGAAUCAAAAGUUCCGUUACUCAGUCAAACUGCCUCGGGUGAUUUAUUGGAGACCAUAAAUUUGCCAAAUGCCAAUCGCUCAUCUUCGGAUAUAUCCGAAAGAGAUUCCAGAGAAAUUUUGGUCUCAUCUUCGUUGGAUUCGAUGCAAAGUGUUGGGGAGAAAUUGCCGAGCUCUGCGGUCACGGUGCAAACUGAUGAGGAGCAGGAGGAGGAGGAGGAGGAGUCUUUGAAAAUGGAGGAAGAGGACCAGGAUAUGUUAGCCCAUCUAGAGCAGGAGAAGAAAAUUGAAGAAUUGGUUCUAUUAUUCUUUAUGUUUUCCCAAGAAACUAUUUGUUUUGAUAAUAGUAAUGCCCAAACAACACAUGACUCCAACUAA